AAAAGGAGCCGAAGAAAGGGUCAUUUCCGGGAUGCGAUACAAUCGGGAGCUUCGCAUUGCAGUAUAAAGCUAUUUUGUACUAUAUUGAGGAGAGUGACUGUCAAAGGACACCAGUUUCUCGGUACUGAAGCUCUUUAUAUGUACAAAGUGUCACCGUAAGUCUACCGUACUCCUCCUCCUCUGUUAAAAUGAAGAAAAAAAGCUCGGAGAAGAAGCGCCAUGUGGUAGCAUGGGUCAACAAAGCUGAGUGGGAUCAGAUGCUGGAGUAUCUUUACUCCCAGGACUCCGGCUUACAGAGGUAUGCACUGCAGAGGAUAUCAGCUUGGAAAGGCAGGUAUGCCAGCAGCACACCUGUGGCAGUGGACUGCACAGCGGACCUGGUGAGGUGCCAGGUGCUGGACAGGUCAGGAGAGCUGGCCGGAGCUGACCUGGUUCUGCUGUAUGGAACGGCCCUGGUGAGGUUUGUCAACCUGAUCACUGAACGUCAGCAGGGGAAAGUUGCUCGGCCACUGCGGCGGCUGGCUGGGAACUUGAACAUCCCAGAGUGGGUUGUAGACCUGAGGCAUGAUUUCACACACCGGAAGCUCCCUACCUUGAAAUGGUGUAGAAAGGGAUGUAAGGUGGUUCUGGAGUGGCUCCAGCAGGAGUACUGGUCCAGACAGUUGGGAGGAGGACCUAAUGAGGAUUGGGAAUCACAGUCGGAUGGAGAGGAUGAAGAGAUUGACCUAAAACGGCAGGAGGAUGAGGUCAUUGCAAGGCAAAAAGAAAUGGAAGCCUACAAGAAUGCACGGGAACUUCUGAUAUCUUUUGAAAAUGAAAAAUUCAAGGCUUUUGACAGGCUUCCCGGAGACAAAGAGAAGAGCUUGUGGCCAGCCCCCUUUGCAGAAAUGAGCUGGAUACUUGGUGAGAUCAAGCAGUUUUCUGUGGAAUCAAGUGAUUUGCUGGUUGAUGUGCUGUUGGAAGAUGGAUUUCUCAUUCCUACUGUUGAACAACUGGAAACAUUAGGCUGUGACACCUCUGACAACGCCAGUCCCAGACUCCCUCAGACAUUCCUGCGUUUUUGGCUUCCCCUCCUGAAGAUGCUCAAUUCGCCAUCCUUUAUUCACCUCCUUCUAGAGAAGCUCUUUGUUGAACUGAAGCUUCUCUCCAAAGAGCAGAAUAAUCACAGGGCUUUCUACAUUUCUGCUUGGAUUUCAGAAAUCAUCCUCAGCAACAGCAACAAAUUUGAAUAUCAUUUUGAAACAAAGGCACAGAGGAAAGCCAGAGUGAAGGACAGGAUUUUUGUGAACCGCAUCCAGCUGAGGUGGCAGCAGCUGCUUUCUGCAUGUCUGGAUGCUCCCUGUAUCGGCACGCCUCACUUGCUCCAGCUAAUCCUGGAUGACAUGGAGCAUCCUCUUCCUCAGGAGACUCAACAGAGGCUGCUCCAGCUCUGCUCCAUCUACACACAGACGGCACACUCAGAAUGUGAUCCAUUCCCAGAGCAGAAGCAACAGCCAAUAUACACACUGGAGAGUUUGCAUGAGAAGCUGCAGCGUUCAAGGUGCCACAGCCAUUCAUCUCUGGCUGAAUUUGCAAGGGGCAAGUCCUCCCAGGAGUACAAAUGGUCAGAUGUACAGGCUGAAAAAGAGAAGUUGCUCAGAGGUUCUCCGUGGCAGCUGUGUGUUGAUAAAGUUUUAUGGAAGAAUUAUCCUCUUGGUAAAGUCCCCGGACAGUCAGAUGACCCUUCGUGCCUCAUGGUGGGCAACUACUCAACAAUGACUGUCUUUGACCAGCCAGUGGAGUUGGAGAGCAUCGCACCACACAACAUCCCAGGAGCCUCGGCACCAUUGAGAACAACUGACGGUCUCCUUUGGAACCACAGUGACGUCAGCAAGUUGAAAUCUGGACUGCAACUUUUCUGAGUCAUGUUAUAAUGCUGUGAAAUAUAAGCCUGUAGCUUCUUGUGCUCUCUGUGGUUUUGACAGUUGGGGGGAAAAAAGGAAACAAACUGUUCAAAAUACAUUAACGUCAGUACCGGAUAGCUUGUUGUUAAAUGCACAUUGUUGGUGGAUAAAACAAAUUGUUGCUUUUCUCUGUUUUGCAGCUAAUAAUUAUUAUUUGGUUAUCAAUCUGCUUAUUAUUUCCUGGAUAAUUGAUAUUUCUAUAAGAUGUCAGAAAAUACUGAAAAAUGCCAAUUUUAAUUUCCUGAAACUUCCCGAGACUUUCAGCUUACUAUCAUACAUGAUACAGAAAAGCAUCAGAUUCACAGAUUUAAGAAGCUGGAACUAAAGACUAAGACAUUUUUGUUUAAUAAAUGAAACAAAGAACUGACUGUUAAAAGAGUUUCAGAUUAAUUUCCUUUCAACUAAUCAAUCAUCUAAUUGCAUAAGCUCUGAUGUCAUUGUAAAUGUAAAAUCUUUGGAGUUUUUUGACAUUUUAUAGACAAAAUGAUAAAUCAGUGAAUUGAGAAAAUAAUCAGCAGAUUCAUUGAUAUUGACAUGUUUUAUGUUGUCUGCAGUAUUUUCAAUAUGUGGCAAAAGUGAAACGAUCUUUUAUUGUAAGGCAAGAAUAGGAGGUAGAUCUGGGAUAUGGUUCAUUCAUCAUGAUGGUGUAUUAAAAGCACAGUGUUUUUUAUUGCACCUUUCAUUGUUAACACAGUUUUCAGUCUCUAUGAAGGGUUUUGGAGUAGAUGCCUUUCAGUUGUAACCCCUCUAUGGGAGAUAUUGUUGUAAUGACAACAGCAGGAGGUGGUUUUGUGUAACACAUUUUUCUUGUACGCACUUGUAUUCAAUAAAACCCUUUCUCACUGAA